GGUUUCAGUUGGCAAGCGUGGUCGUUGUUCGCCACUACAAACAAAGAUUGAAAGAGCGCCGAGCGCCCUGUUGCUUCUCGCUUUAGCCACCCCGAAGGGGCACUAUGGGGUGCUGUGGCGAACGACAGGAGAGCCCGGGAGUGAGACAGUGCACGGACGUCACUUUUCUUGUCAUUUUCAUCGUGUUCGUCUGCAUUUUGCUCUUCGUAGCAGCAUUCGCUAUCGUCUAUGGCAACCCUCUCCUGCUGGCACACGGCUAUGACAGUUUUGGCAACAUCUGCGGAAAGACCAACGAGGAGCAAGCCGGUGGUCUGGUGCUCUCUGGACUGGACAUGACCCACCGACCCUAUCUUUUUAAUCUCGAUGUGAGCCAUGUGAAUGAGUCAAUCAAGAUCUGUGUGAAGCAAUGCCCAGACAAAGAGCUCUCUGUGCUCGCCGAUCUCAAGAAGUUUUAUGAGGAAACAGGAUCAUCACUGUGCAGCUAUAAUUUCAACUUCUCACAGCUGGAGACAAGUACUAAAUUAUCGCCUGAGGACCAAUUCAGCAGUCCCCUGGGGCCGUGUCCUUUGUUGCCUGUAUUUCAAAGUGAUCAAGUGCUAAACAGAUGUGUGCCCUCAGCCAACUCUUCAGUUCCCACAGAUGUAUUGCGUUCGUUCUACGAAAUCCUCAACAGCCCUGCUGCUCUGGAGCAGCUUGUCGCUGAUCUGUACCGAACGUGGCGCCUGAUUUUUAUCCUCUCGUUUGUGUCUUUCAUGCUAGCCCUUGUCAUGAUUCUGCUGCUGAGCUUUGCCACGGCUGCAAUUGCUGUUACCUUCACAGUUGUAGUCUCUGUGGCUAGUGUCGCCGGUACUCUCGCUCUCUGGUGGGCCUAUUUGGAGACUAAGUGGCUGCUGGAUGAGACUCCAAUCGAGCAAAUGCUUGAAGAGACUGCAACCAAUGAACGGUGGCUGCUCAUCUUGGCAGUUUUCGCUACUCUAGUGACUCUGGUGCUGCUUUGUCUUGCCGCACAUGUGGCCAAAAAUGUGAAGACGUUGGCGGCCCUUUUCAAGGAAGCAAGUGGCUUUAUCAAGGCCCUCCCAUCCUUGUACCUCCAGCCAAUUAUCACUGUAGCUGUUCUGUUGAGUCUUUUCUGCGCAUGGAUGUAUGUGGUGCUGUGUUUGGCAACUGCUACAACCCCUGAAGCGAGGCAGAUAAUUCUUUACACAGAGGACUCAAACAUGACAUCAGUAAAUAAAUUCACGUUACUGCAGUUUGUUGAGUUGUCGUGGGUUCGCUUCGGCUGGUGGAUAUACCUGAUCGCCCUGGUGUGGGUGUCGGAACUAGUGCUCUCCUGCCAACAAAUGACCUCGGCAGGGGCGUUGGUGGACUGGUAUUUCCUCACCAGUGGAAGACGAGAUGGAGGCGCCCGACUCCUUCUCACCUCGGUGCGGCGCUUGGUGUGGUACCACCUGGGCUCAGUCGCCCUUGGCUCUCUGCUGAUCGCGCUCUUCAAGCUCCCCAGACUUGCGCUUCGGCUGCUAGGAAUCAAGCAGAAGCCUCUGUGCUACGAGCGUGGCCUUCGAUAUGUUAACCACAACGCGUAUGCUGUAAUUGCCAUCGAGGGGAUUGACUUUUGUCCAUCAGCAAGAGUGGCGUACCAAACCAUGGAGAGCAAUCGUCUGCACUUAUCUCCCAUCAAUAGUACUGGUGAUUGCUUCCUAUUUUUGGGUAAGUGCUGCGUGACUGCCGUGGUGGGUUGCGUUGGUUUGCUGACGAUGCGCCAAGACCCGCAGCUGCACGUUUACGCCGUUCCUGUGCUGGUGCUGUGCGUCUUCUCUUUCUACGUCGCCCACUCGGUCUUCACCCUCUACGAGAUGGCUUUGGACUCCCUUUUUCUAUGCGUGGCUGAAGAUCAGGCUCUUAGUGUGGGAUACCAGGCGUACCGACGGCCGCACAUGGUGCAAGCUUUGACCACCCUUUGCGCGAAGAGCUCUACACAGCCAGAGAGUCAGCCCAUGUUUUGAAUACAUUAAGUGCAAUUUUAUAUAAGAGCUUUUAUGAAAACGAUGGACUGAAAGGAUCGUCUUAGCUAGGGCAAGUUUGCUGUUUUAUAUUGUUGCUCUCACUACUUUUUAGUUGACAGAUUGCUUUGCCAUAUUUUAUCAAUUUCAUCAAGUGAUCUUCAUUUUAUUGUUCAAAGGCUGACGAAGCCAUAUUUUAUCGUGUUUGUACCAUUCAGAGCAUUUAGUUUCUUCGUCCUCAGCUACUGAAAUGUUAUCAUUAUCACAUGGGCAAGUACUUAAAUUUUUUGCAGUACACUUUUUUUUACUUUGUAUCAUUCGUUUGUUACUAUGCAUAAAAUGCCAUAUUUUUACUAUCGCUUAAAUAUCUAGUUUGACCUAUGAGAAACAUGUCAUAUCGCAACAAUACGAAUUUGAGUAAAUCUAAAUUAUAAACAG